AUGGCUCCACGCAGUCAGGGAUACCGCCACGACGCUGCUCGUAGUUCAGGAGAACGCCGGGUCCGUAACGCAAAUACAGGUGCGGGUGUAAACUCCAGACGCCUCACUGCAGCCGCUAGUUGUGGUGGCAGUAAUGCGCAGAAGGGCCGGCGCACUCAACCUAAAGCGACCAGUCGCGCCGCUGUGCCUCGACCUCAGAAUGGUCGCGCUUCGCGGCCUCCAGGUUCCAGAAGGCCUGUUGCUCACGACGCCUCGCGUAGUCUGCAGAAUCAGGGAUUGGCUGCUCGCAUGAGUACCAGAGUCGACGUCGACCAGACGACCGGAGUAGCUGAUGAUGACUAUGAUGAUGAUGGCCGCCCUACUGCCACACUCCCUAUCCGCAACGUCAACUCCAGCUCUAGCCAGCAGUCCACACUGUUCGGUGGUUCGAAACUAACCCGCAUCUUUCCCGAGUCCCAGCGCCGUCUUGAUCCCAUCUCCCCCGCCGGUCGCGAAUCUCCAUUCACCAUCUCGCCGAAUCCGAUUCGUCUUUUCAACCGCACCCGAGACUCCAUUUUCGUCGGGGAUGAUACCAACAACAGCAACAACAAAAAUGACGGCCAAGACAGUAAUGCCACUCCUAGUCCCGUCAAAGACAGCUAUCAGAAGCGUCCUACUAGUCCCACUCUCGUCAAGCGGCGCCCCAUCUACCGCGGAACAGAUAUCGUAAAGAGAGCUGUUACAAACCCCAAGCUCCGCGCCAUCUUCGCCGACAGACCGUACCCCAAGGAGAGGAAAAAAUGUGGUGGCGAGCGGCCGGUUCUCAAGAUGGGGAUUACUAAGGAGUACAAGUAA